AUGGCGACUGGAAUGUUGCGGGUGGUGGGGAGGUUGAGGGACAUCCUAAUCAAAGCGAUAGAGACAGACGAGGGAGAUGUGAGGGAGGAGAUCUUGAAUGAUCUUCUCUCGGAUGUGUGCAGCCCAAUCGAAGAGGAGGUCAGACAUACUGGGGAGCUCAAAGAAUACGGCGAGGAGUGCAGAUACUACUACGAGGCAAUCAGCAUGUUUGUUGUGAAAGAGAAAGAUGGACUGGAAUUCACAAAAAGUUUGGUGACGCUCUUCACUUGUCUUUGGGACGUGUGGGAAGUCAGAUGCACAUACGCACUAACGAUGCACCGAUGGCUAUUCCGGAACAACUUUGAAGAGCACAGUUUGAAAUCCAUGAUGGUCAUGAUUAAGGGCGCGAACUCUUUGUUUUGGUCAGACGUCAAUGCUCUCUCAGAGCUUUACCGUCCUCUGUUUGUUUUCCUUAUUUCACAGCUCACAAACCAAGAGGACUGCCUCGGAGACAUGGACACGGCGGUUUACGCCGAUCUCUUGAAGCUUGCAUCUCGAUUCAUUUGUUACUACGACCUGUCGGGCUGUGAAGCAUCUCACCUGCAAGAUCUGUCGACGUUCAUUUCUAUGAUACACUCAAGUCAAUGGUUCCAUCGAACUUGCGACGAGGAUGAAAGUUCUUCCAUGGGGCUGAACGAGGGAUCCUCGGGGUGUGUCAUUGAACCAGCUUCUAUCGUGGUGAUGGAGAUCGUUCAUCAGCUGAACAGCAUCUGUAUCGAGGAGGCCUUGUGCAGAUACGUAGAAGGGGUAAGCUCUUUGAAGCCAGAGCUUGUCAACUGUCUGGAUUGGCAAACGAGAAUCAAGUUACAGGUUUGA